UUUACUUUUUGACCUUCUCUUCGAAGGCUCCUAACAACCUCUCAAAGUGAUUCUACAUAUACAUGUUGUUGGUGUAUGAUACUUUGCGUCUAUAACCUUUGAGUUUUCUAAGUAAGGGAGGGAAGCUCUCAGAGGGAUAUGAAGACUUGAAGACAGAAAAAGUUGGUGGAAGCAGAGCAGAAAGGUGAAGAACAGAUAUUGAUAUAUUGUUACAGAAAAGGAGCAUGAUGAAAUUUCUAAGGUGUGGAGGGAAGAUAUGUAUGAAUAAUAAUGACGUGGAAAAUAACUACAAGGGAGAAGAACAACCUUCAAGGAAUGUGAUAGAAAGCUCAGAAGAACGACGCAGUGAUGAAGCUAAAGCACAUGGUUGGUGGUUGUUGCCAAAGAAAACAUACGAUUCAAUAAAAGAGAACAAGCCUGAAUCCGAUUGGAGCGAAAUAGACGAAGAGACUAUACUGCAACAGAGGCCUAGAGGAAACACGGUGCUGCAUAUAGCAGCUCUCUACGGAAAUGAUAAGUGUGUGGAAAAGGUACUUCAAAUCGGUGAACACCUUUUGCUAACAAUAAAUGGUAAUGGUGAUACACCACUGCAUGUUGCUGCAAGAGCUGGCAAAAUCUCUACUCUCGAGAAAUUGGUGGCUGCACUUCUCCAUCGAAAUUAUGAAGAAGCAAAAGAGGCAAUCCUUAUAACCAACAAACAAGGAAAUACUUUCUUCCAUGAGGCCUUAUUGAACGGUCACAAAAAUGUUAUGAACAUUCUAGUUUCUUCACCAGGCUUCAAGCAAUUGGCAGAGGAAACUGUUUUUGUUAGUUCAAACAAUAACGACAAAUCAGUUCUGGGCUUAGCGAUUGAGAAAGGUUACGAGGACAUUGUUGAUGAUGUAUUGACCAGAAUGAUUCCAACUAAUGAAGAUUCUUACAAAAAGCGCAAAAAACUACUCGUAGAUUCGGAUAUGCAGAUGGACAAAACAGAAAAUCAAGGCGCCCUGUCACCCGGCCUUGCGGCAAUCUUAAAAGAGAGAAAAGUCGAAGGGCGCAUGGCACUUAUGGAUAUAGAAAUGGACACAAGAGAUAUAAGCACGCCAACAUUCUCAAAAAAUCAAGGUGCUCGAUCACCAGCCAUUAUGGCUAUCUUAAAAGAGAACAAAGGUAUUCUAGAAAAAAUAUUAAACAGAAAGAAAGAAUGGAUUCAUGAUAAGGAUGACAAAGAAAGAAAUGCUCUUCACUAUGCAGCUUCCAAAGGAUAUCUAUAUGGUGUUGAGUAUUUGCUUCAUAAGUGUGAUACCUGCAAUAUGGAAACAGACAGAUAUGGCUUUUAUCCUCUUCAUCUGGCUUCUGCAUGUGGACAUAUUGAAGUGGUAAAGAAAUUGCUUGAAAACUGUCCAAAUCCCAGAGAAAUAAUUGAUAAGCAAGGUCGAAAUAUUGUUCACAUUGCAGCUAUAAUGGGAAAGUUUGAUGUGGUAAGGUAUGUCUUGCACGAUGCAAAUAGAGUUAAAGACAUGAUAAAUGACAAGGAUUACGAUGGAAACACUCCUUUGCAUUUGGCUGCCUCACAUUACCGUCCAAAAAUUGUGCAAGCCUUGACAUGGGACACAAGUGUGGAUCUCAAUUGGCUUAACAACAACCACCAAACACCUCUCGAUGCUUUUGAACAAUUUAAACAACAAGAUAAUCCACCUAUCGUACAGCGGCUAACAUGGUGUCAACUAAAAUCUGCUGGUGUACAAAAUGCUGAAAGAGGGUCACACUCUAUUCAGGUCCCUUCUUCCCCUUUCAAACCAAAAGCCAAAAACACAGAGUUUUAUAAAGACAGAAUCAACACUCUUAUGGUUGUUUCAACCCUUAUAACUACAGUAGCAUUUACUGGAGGUUUUACUUUGCCUGGUGGAACUAACAGUAAUCCUCCAGGACAAGGCAUGGCUCUUAUGCUGAAUCACGUGUGGUUUAAACCAUAUAUUUUAUGCACCACAAUAUCUAUGUAUGGUGGCAUUAGUGUCGUUAUUAUACUCAUUUGGGCUCAAUUGGGUGAUGUAACUUUGGCACUUUUUGCCCUUAAAGUGGCAAGACCACUUUUAGGAAUCACUCUUGCAACCCUAUCAGUGGCAUUCUUGGCUGGUGUCCACCUUGCUAUAAGCGAUCUCAGUUGGUUGACAACUACUGUUCGGAUUUUGUGUGUGGUCUUCAUUAUCCUGCUUUUGUUACUGUACACUCUUCUCUGGUUUCCCUCAGAAUCAAGCAACGUAAUAAUGCGAUACAUUUCAUUCUAUCCUUUCCAGUUUCUCACAUGGUUAACUGAAAAAGAUUCAAUUGAAGGCAUAUUUACAUUACAUGACUUUGAUACUGAUACUAAAGAACUGGAAGAACAUGAAAAUGGAGGAAAGCAAACAGAAGAAACAGAAGAACAUGAAUAUGGAGGAAAGCAAACCGAAGAAACUGAAGAAACAGAAGAAGUAGAUGAAGGGGAGAAUGAGAAGGAUGAUAAUGAUAAUGCAGAGCACGAAGAUAAUAAUGAUAAUGUGGAGGACAAAGAAGAUAACGAAGAUGAGGACAAGGACACUCAUAAAUAGUAGUUUUUCUAUACAAUUCAAAAAUGUAGGACAAAUGUACUUCCCAUUUUAAUUUGGUAACUACAAAGAAAAACAAUCUCUAGUACCAUAUAAAUUGGGAAAAUGCUUUUAAUAUUGCAGUCUUAACUUUGUUUGGGGUGAAUUCUAAAAACAUGUCAAUUGAAAAGUUAAAGGGAGUCA